AUGGGUAACGGGCAGUCAGCCGAGACUCGGAAGGUUUCUACGGACUCUUCCACAGUGAAAGAGAAUGGCAGGGCAAUAGAAAAGCCGGAAGCUGCGCUGUCGGAAAAACGGGUCUCAGGGGAGGCGGCGCUACAGCAGCAGCAACCCCAGCGGCCGGUGCCGCCGGCCCCACCGGACCGGAAGCACCAGGGAGAAACGGUGCAGUCCCAGGUGCGCUCUUCCACUGGUGGAACGGAAUUGAAACGUGAACGUCGAGUGACGCUGCCACCAGGGUUGGAUGCCGGAGACAUUGUGCUUUUUAACCGGCGCUGCCUGGCCAUGGCGCCGCUCGGAGCGCUAAUCUGUGCGGUGGCGAAAGCCAUGUCCAAUUCUCGGUGGGACCACGUCGGCAUCGUUGUUCGCAAAGAGGACGGCUCGUUGCACCUUCUCGAGGCGAACCUUUCUGGCGUAACAUUGCGACCGCUUGACGAGAGAAUACGGCGCUCGCGCUCGAACGAGAUCGCGUUCCGAAGACUCUCUAUUAUUCGCACGGAGCGCUUUCGCACCGAGCUGCUGCACUUUGCGGAACAGGUACUCGAGACGCCAUACAAGAAUGAUCUUGGCGCUAUGCUGGUAAGCGUGAUCCACCCCGCCGAUAUGCAGGAACGCGAGCGACUUCAUGCCUUGCUCGUGAGUCGUCGUGCGCAGCGCAUGGAAGUAGAGCGCGAGCUGCGCGAAGCUGCACUCACUGCAUUCCAGCGCAACUCGCUUCUCGAGCAACGUCGCAUUCUCCUGCAAUCGGAGGAGAAGAUUGAAGAGGUUCUCCGUCGCGAGCUUGCCGCUACGAAAGGCGGCUUCUUCGAAGGCUCGAACGAUCUCAGUCGUGUAUUUUGCUCGGAACUGGUGGCGGCGGCGUAUCAGCGGCUAGGACUGUUGAGCUCCUUUCCGCCGGCGGAUAGCUACGUACCAAAAGAUUUCAGUACAGAGCAGGCGAACCCACCGGGAGUACACCUUUUGAAAAAUGCUCGUCUCGGGAAUGAGGAAUUCAUUCGGCGACUGCCAACACAGAAACAAGGGUGGUUUGCCAGCUUGCUGGGCUCCGACUCCAAUCAAGACAGGACUACAACCGAGGCCACUGGCACCAAUCCCGCAGACGAGGCUGUACCCGGAACCGACGCGAAUGCCGCAGGAGCAAGCCCCGUGUCGGAUGCAAGCGGUCAACCCGCAUAUCCCCGAGGAGAAUCGCGUGAACUGAUCCGUGACGCCCUCAAAAGGACCCCGAUAUUCGCUGCCUUGCCUGAUGAGUACACGCGCAAUCACCUCGUGAAGAGCUUCCGGCCAGUCAUCGUCGAAGCCGGAGACUACGUCUUCCACCAGGGAGACUAUGGCGAUGCCUUCUACGUGGUCGAAAGCGGAUCACUUGAUCGCUAUAUCGCCAAGGACGGCCAGGAGCCCAUUCAAGUAUCUACACUGGGUCCGCGCAACUCGUUUGGCCUUACUGCGCUUUUCUUCAACGCAGCCGGGCGUUCGAGCACAAUCCGAGCCCGCGAGCGCUCCUUGCUCUGGAGACUCGAUCGCGCCACGUUCGAACGUUUCGCCUUGGACUUUGGCGAAACAUCCGUCAUCGAGAAUGCCGCGGAGAGUCGCCAGCUCCGCGCCCUAUUGAAGAAGCAUUUCCUCUUCUCGCGACUCGAUCGUAUUGGCCCGAAGGAACUCGAGAGUUUCUUCACGGUGAAUUUCAGACCCGGUGAGACCGUCUUCGAACAAGGAGAAAAGGGUGAUAACUUCUAUAUCGUGAAAAGCGGCGUGCUGGAACGUUGGAUCUCCAAACCAGGACACCAGCCGAAACUUGCUGGUACGCUCCAACCUGGCGACAGUUUCGGUGAACUCUCGCUCAUGUACAAUGCACCACGUGGAGCGACCGUACGCGCACGCACUGACGUAGAGCUCUGGGCCAUCAGCGCCGAAUCCUUCCAUCGACUUCAUUUAGGAGGCGGAGCCUGCUAUCUAGAGCGCAUCUUCAAAGAAUACGCGUCUGUGAAGCGCGAAAAAUCACAGCGUACGGAUGAUGGCGACCCCUAUGAGUACUUUAUGACCCCCGAAGACUUUCUGCGAUUCGCGCGAGCGGAUGCCUUUAAGGAAUCACCAGAGGACUACCGUCGGCUAUCCAAUCUGCUGCUGCGUCUGGUGAGCAACAACAACAGCGGCUCACUGACGGCGCCACAGCGGAAGACCUCGCAACAAAGCGCACCGCUGAUCGACUUUUGGGAAUUCGUCCGAUUCGAUCUACUACUGAAUCAGCCAGAUGCCGAAAGCCAGCUCAUAUUCCGGUUAUGCGAUCGCGAUAACACCGGACAAGUCGGCAUGCAAGAGUUCCAGGAGAUGUUCCUGGAGUACGCCAAUGGCGAUCGCGAGAUUGAAGCCAUGGUUGAGGAUGGAUCACCGCUGCUGCGUCAACUCUUUGGAAAGCGCGGUGAUCGAAAGCUGAACUUUCGGGACUUUACCGCAGCAAGCGAGGGAAAGCUUCCAGCAAAGUUCCUAGCCGAUAUUCAUCGCCUGAAAGCACAUAUGCAACAGCAGGCUGCGCGUGCGCCGUCGUCGAACGCCCUCGACGACGAGAUCCUGCUUUCGACGAGCUCGCUGCUCGCCGGAACGCCACAGUUUUCUGGAAUAGCGCCCACACACCGCGGCGUCCUGAUUGGUCAUGUGGCCGGUGUUGCCGUUGCUGGUGUACUGGCGAGAACCCUGGUUGCACCACUCGAUCGUCUGAAAGUGCUCAUGCAAACCGAAAGUAUCGUGGUCAAGGUACGGCCGGAGCUGUUGAAGGAUGAGCGCAUAGCUCCGAAUCCGCGAUCGAAACGCAUUUAUUCAAGCGUAUGGCGAGGAUUUCGAAACAUGAUUGCUCAAGACGGUAUCCUGGGCAUGUAUCGAGGCAACGGGGCCAAUGCUCUCCGAAUUCUCCCGGCGACGAUCAUCCAGAGUGCAACGAUUGCCCUAGCGAAGGAGUAUAUCGAAGCACACCGCCCGGAGAAUGCACGACGAUCCCUUGGCUUUGCCGCCUGGGACACGGUCGUGAUUGCUGGCCUCGGUGGUAUCGUUGCAGCAACGAUAACGUAUCCACUGGACACGGCGCGAGCUCGUUUAACCGUUCAGCAUCGGGGCAUUGCCGAGCGCUACCAUGGCGUACUGCAAUGCCUGCGAGAAGUGCGCAAGCAACAAGGCGUGCCUGGCCUGUACCGAGGUCUCCUGUCAAGCACCCUUGGUGUCUUUCCCUACGUGGGAAUUAACUUUGCAGUUUAUGAGACGCUGCGUCCGAUUAUGCCCCGCCGCAACGACGGCAGCGGGCGUCCGACUGCUGGCGGCCUGAUUCUGUCGGGAUUCAUCGCCUCGACGCUGGGCCAGAUGGCUGCCUACCCGUUCGAUACGUGCCGUGUUCGCAUGCAGGUAGAUGAGGGCAGCGGCGGACGCUUUCGGCAGGUGUUUCGAACCGUGCUCAAGGAGGAGGGUAUUCGUGGCCUCUAUCGCGGCCUCGUUCCGAAUAUUCUCAAAGCAUGGCCUACCGUGGCCGUAUCGUUCUAUGCAUACGAGAUGCUUCGCAAGCCGCUGUCGCAGAUGCUUGACAGCGUCUAUGCACCGGCGUCAGGGUUGAAGCCCACAGCGGCCGCGCAAGGUGCUUUCGACUCUCGCUGA